CUACAUGAUGAACUCGCACCUAGUAUAGACGAAAUUUUCACUAGUUGACUGUUUAUCACAUUUCUAUGGCAGAAGCCAGAUGAAUGGUCUUCAAAAUCUUCAAACUUUAAAGUAGUUUAGCCGUCGUUCAUCUGACUAUCAAGCGUGUCGGUAUUCAAUGGAUGACUGCCCACAAUUAGUUAUUUGAAGCAGAACCAUUGAACUGUUUCCAGCUAUCAUGCGCUUUCCCACCGAUCAAAAGUCAGUUUGGCCUCACAAAAGUGCAAACUGACAUUGGUGUACUGAGAUUUAAGAAUGAAUAAUCACAUUUUGUAAACCUGUUUUUUCCUUGUCAGCAACAGUCCAAUUGAAUAACACUGGAAUGUUCCACGACACAGCUAAUGGCAAGUCCACAAGAAUCUCACUGGAGCAUAUACAUGUUGAUUCUAGUGUUAAUAAUGUGACGGUUGGUGUGCCUCCAUUUGGAAAUGUUACCAUUAAAUGGUCAUUUGGACAACAUAAUAUUGAACGCAUUGUAAUGGCACUCAACAGUGCUUCCAAAGUUAUUGGGAAAUUUCAUAAUGGAGAAUACCGCUGUUACAAGGGUGGCUUCCUCACAGAAACAGAAUGUCAGGAACACUACUCACUGACUGUGGAUGCAUCUGGUGACAUAAUUAUUGCAAUGAGAAAUAUCUCACAUCCAUAUUUUGGAAGCUACUUAAUAUCUGUUUACCGUGGACUAGAUGACAAAAUAGACACAUUAUGGAUUAUAGUCUGUAAGAAAGCAGGAACAGCAGCACCAAUGAGCACAGUUAUUUCAUCCACAGGUGUGACCAUCCAAGUCUAUGAAACUACUAAUGAACCAACAGUAACUACAACUCCAGGAACAAGCAACAAAAGUGGGGCUGUCAUCGGUGGUAUCCUUGGGGCUUUAUUUUUUAUAGUCCUGAUUGGAGGAAUUGCAUUUUGGUUCUACAAAAGACGCAGAAGACAAAGGGACUGCUAACCAAUCACUGAACCACAUGAUGACCAAUUUUGACCAAUCAGGACACACCACCAAAAUCAAAAUUUUUGCAUGACACAAGGUGAACAAGAUGCCACACCAGAGGAUGAAAAUAUUUUUUUAUUUUGGGGGAAGUUUGUGCAUAUGUAAUAAAAAUGAAGAACCCCCAAACUUGAAAUUUUGCAUAAUGCAAGGUGAACAAGAUGUCAUGCAAGAGGGUGAAAAUAUUUUUUCUUUUGGGGGAAGUUUGCCUAUGUGAAAUAAAAAUGACACACCCCAAACUUGAAAUUUUUGCUUGACACAAGGUGAACAAUAUGUCAUGCAAGAGAACGAAAAUAUAUUUUGUUUAUUGUAGGGAGAGUUUGUGCAUGCAAUGGACAACACUAUAAUAAUAUAAAGUAAUCAAAACAAACUUUUUUUUUUAAAAUUAUGAUAACAAAAUCCUUUGUUUACUUUUGGAAUGUGUAUUCUCCCUGCUGGAAAGUGCCCAUUUGAUUACUUGCUGUGUUUGUUUUUGGAAUUGUUGUACAAUUGGAUUUCAAAAUCUGUCAGCCAAUAAAGAUAACAUUUCCCUGUGAUCUAAAGGUCAGUGCAUUGGACUUUGG